AUGGAGAAUUGUAACCCUGCCAUUACUCCACUUGUAGUGUCAGAGACUUUGUCCAGGAGUUCAGUGAACAAGGUUUGUCAGUUCCUAUCACAACCAACUGAUGUUCACUGGGAGUCUGUGAAACGCAUUUUGCGCUAUGUCAAAGGGAUGUUGACGAUUGGUUUGCGAAUUCACAAGUCAUCAUCAACAGUCGUCAGUAUCUUCACUGACGCAGAUUGGGCCUGCUGUGUGGAUGAUCAGCGUUCUACCAGCGGGUUUGCAGUGUUUGUUGGAGCAAAUCUUAUUUCUUGGAGCUCUAAGAAGCAACCAACAGUCUCGAGAUCAAGUACAGAGGCAGAAUACAAAGCAUUGGCUAAUGGCGCUGCUGAAGCUAUAUGGGUCGACUCUCUUCUCAAAGAGCUUGGCGUGGUUCGGGCAACGUACCCCCAUAUUGUGGUGUGA